UCGGAGAUGGAAUCGCUUGACCCGAAGCGGUACUUUGAGACCGAGCCGCCGGCGCCCACGUCGUACGUCGAGGCGCUAGCGCUCGAGGAAGACGACGACGACGACGACCAUGACCACGGCGCCAAGGACGACAAUGACGACGGCUCGCCCAAGGCGAAGAAGGCGAAGCUUGGCCCACCGCUGCGCCGCCAAGUCUACGCCAAGAAAGGUACGACGAGCAUUUCCAUGGACAUGGCCAACCACCUCGAUUCAGUCAAGUGCGUGGACGCAGAGCACGUGCGCCAGAAGACUGCAAAGUGCACAGUCUGCGGCGUCUGCCGCUUCUGCCCUGCUGGCGCCGACGAGUGCGCUGCCACCCACCGCGUGCUCCGCCCGAUGACCAACAAGACGCGCGCGCCGCGUGCUAAAGUGCUCUUGUGUGAGAACGAGGAGCACCACCACAAGAAGACGCACCGCGGCAAGUGCGUGCGGUGCCUCAAAUGCAAAUGGUGCCCGCCUGUCAUUGACGAAUGCAAGGAGUUCCAUGUCGACCCCGAGACGUCCAUGACACCUACCAAAGUCGAACACACGGUGAAGCUCGAGUCGAUUCUUUCGAUUCUCGACAUUGCCAAGGGCAAGCUCGUGCAAGUCAAGCCGCGCGACGUUGCGUCUUCGACGCCCAAGCGCCGGCUCGCGUGCGAGCUCAUGACACACGUCGUGCACUCGGUGGCGCACCUCAUUGUGAGGUGACUGAGUCGGCCCGAGGUGACAAUCGAAGGACUUAGCACGCUGCUGGACGACCUGCGGCGCGACCUCCGCGGCCACCCGCCCUCCAUGCAGCACUUUGCCACAAGCCGCCACAGCAGCGGCAGCAGCAGCGCGAGCUCCGAGACGUCGCAAGUCAUGUCAAUCAUUCUAUGACAACACGACUGGACGCUUCGACACGACGACCAAGACGAUGGAAAGCAAUAAUUAGCUGAAUACACAGUAUAUCCCACA